CCAGCUCUCCGUGCCUUUGCUGUCAGCGUCCGUUUCAGUUUUCGUUCAUUCGGGCUCAGUCGGCACACAAUCAAAAUCCCCCGUACAGGAAACCCCGCUUUCCGCUUUUCCCGCACGGAUUCCACAACUUCCACUGGCCCUAAGAUGUACUCCCUUCCAAAACAAGUGUCACAGGGGACUCAGACCAUACCGCAGCCGGCCCCGAAGCCCAUAUGCGUACCGCUGCUGAUGGUCGACGAGGAUGGAAAGAAACGCUACUGCUACCAUGGCGGCAAGUGCCGAUGCGAGACUUGUGAGAAGAUGCGCGAGCAGCAGGCGGAUGAACUUGACGCGCAGCUACUCGCCGUCCUUCCACAUAGUCGCUUGAAGCUGGAGCCGGCGUUGCAUCAGGUGAGGCCGAAGCAGUACCGCUUGGAGGCCAUUUACGCCAAGCCCGAGUUGGCCGAUUAUCUGAAGAAGGAGCACGAGGAGCUGCGCAAAAAGUAUAGGACCUACUAUCUGCCCGAUAAGUACUACGAGAUGAAUGCAUGGAGGAUCCCCGGUCCGCAGCACAAGCAGACCCAGACGGAUGUCCGGAUCGGCAACUAUGGCAUCGACGGUUGUCCGUGCGUCGACAAAUCUCUCUGCUGGGACAUAUAGUCUUUGGGUUCGUUGAAUUGUGGGAGGAAAGGGGAGGAUUGAUCUGUGGAACCAGGGGAACAAUAAAGAGUGCAGAUUGAGAAGCGGAA